AUCAUAUGUAUCUCUCUCUGAGCUGAAUAUCUAAGAAAAUAUACAUAUGCAUGAUGCAUGUGUUCCCUCUACGUAGCUCUAUAAUGCUCUUUCUCUUGGUUGGGUCUCCCCAAAGCUGAUGAAAAAGUGAGGAAGAGGAGACAAGGUCGGCCCCUCUCAUAUCUUCAAUUUGGUUUACAAGAUUCAUCACCCAAACACCUGCAUGUUCUAUUUAAGAACGUUUUUCUUUUUCAUAUAAGACCUGCAUUUAUUGCUCUCAUCUGCUUCUUCCACUACAAAUACUCCCACUUCAAACCAUCAAAACACCCACCAAAAUCUAUUAGCUCACCUUCUCUCAAUUCAAAAGCCCAUAUAUAUAUAUUGCUACUCUCUGUAUCUAUCUAUACACUCUCAUCAUGUCUUAUCUCAUUCUUCUCCUUCUCUUGUGCCUUUCUCUUCAUGCAUGCAACGCUCGCCCUCUAUGCCUUUUUUAUUGCAAGGGGAAAGUACAAUCUAAUCUUUUGACAGAGGGAGUCGAUAGUGCAAAUUACUUCCGUAAGGUUUGGAAUCCAUCAGAGCUCCAGAAAAAAGGACCGGUGGACAUAAAAAACAAUGGAGGAGAAGUUGAUCAUCGGGAUAGAGCAAGCACUCUGCAACAAAAUUUCAUGAAAGAAAAAGUAGUAGGGUACAAGAUCAUCAUCUCUUCGCAUAAUGAUCUGCAACAGAAUCAGGAUAAAGUAAAGGGCUUAAUAAUAAAGAGACAAGCAAGGUCGAUGCUUGGAAAUCGUUCAGGGGAUGAUACUGAGGAAGCUGUAGAUUCUAAGGAGAACGAUACUGUUGAAGACAUUGUUGUUAUGGAUUAUGCACAACCCCACAGGAAACCACCUAUCCAUAAUGAAAAACACUAGAUACAUAUUAUCUAUAUACACAGUCAAACUUGUCUUACAAUGGGUUUGUAAUAAUUUACGAGAACAGUAUCUGUUUUUUUGUCUGUUUUUCUUAAUAUUACUAGCUAGAAAAGAAAUAUUAUCUCAAGGGCACUUGUGUCUUCUUAUUUUUCCAGUAAUCUGCUUAAAUUUCUAUCCAGGAAUUGAUCUCCAACUUGAGCAUUUGCCAAGGCUUUGACGAGUUAUGUAUGUGCGUGUGAGUGUAUGCAUAUUGUCGCACAGUAUUGUGCUUUUGAUCUUCAAAAGGAGAUUUCCUAAUUACGGAGAUAAUUAAGAUGCAUUUGAGAAAGAAAGAAGAAAGAUUUGGUGUAUUAGAAGACAGCUUGUAAGAAUUUGAUGAAUUGAUGCAUGAUGGGUUUACGUUGUCUGUUUGUUUAAAUUUUCAGGCAGUAUUAAUGAGAUUGUGAAUAAGAGGAGACAGACGACAUGGGCGUGUUGCCAUAGUUGUCAAAGUGUUGGUUGGUGUGUUCUUGGACAAUAAAUGAAAG